UGUGGAGGUGGGUGCGUGAAAUCGGAGACCUGAAACAUGACACCGUCUCUUUUGUCCCCUCCUUUAAAACUGCCUUUCGUAGUCCGUCCGUCCCAAUGCCCGCACCAGGAGAGCAGUCGCGUCCGAACCCCUCUCUGUACGGCAGACCACCGGCAUGGACUGAGGGCCUGUGGAACGAAGGUCAGACAACCCGUUGUCGGUUCUGCGCCACCAUUGCGGGGCGCCGGAAUUCCGUGGCGGCUCUGGGCGGAGAAGAGGGCAGCGGGGGGUGGUAUCAACUGCCGCUUGAAGCACACCCCCCACCAGAGUUCGGGCCGAAAGAGGAGCCGUACCCCACGUUUACGUACCAGACGUACCCUUAUCAAGCGCCAGGCCCAGAGGGGCCCCUGCAUAGGCUGCACCCACUGCUGAGGAAGAGCUCUGUGCCCGAGUUGGGCAGCCUGUACCUCCAGCAGCUGAUGGCGGGCAGGGCCUCAGCACCCCCACAGGAUUAUUACCAGGCCAACAGCGCCUUAUCUGGCCAGCAACUGGAAGGGUCUGGCUUCUAUGGGGCCAGCCAGCACCUACUCAACAGAUCAGCCCAGCAUUACGGGCUGACUGGUGUGGGAGGAGUGGGAGGAGACGGGGGAGGAGGAGGGGCAGUCCGAGCUGCCUGGGAUCAAGGGCAAAGCAGGCCCUCCCACCUGGCCUCGGCCCCGGCCCCUGCCCCUCCUCCUCCACCUCCCCCUCCUCCCCCGCCUCUUCCCCCCCCGCCUCCCCAACCCUCUCACGCUGAGUUGAGCCGUUUGUACAGGGAUCCGCUGGGCGCCAAGAUGAUCCCAGACGUCCAGCGCGUUGCCGGCAGCUCUCCCUCUCCAGCUUGCUACGGGAUCCAGCCCCCGCUGCCCAUCUACGCGGCCAAGCAGCCCGCCCUCUCCUACUCCUCGGCCUGCCCGCCCUCCUACACAAGCAAUCUCAACGGCCACCCCUUGGACCCGCGCCAGACUGCUGCCACCGCCUUAGUGGUGGACCCGGCUUCCCAGGGAAUGGAAGGAUCUCUCCCCCGAGGCUACUGUGCCAUGCCAGCCCAGCGGCUGCCCUACGACCCGGGCUACGACUCCAGCUCGGCUAUGGUGGCGGCCACGGCGGGGUCCCUGAGCGCCGGCAUGCCCUUGCACCACCCCGGAGCCGACCCCAAGAGAAUGGCAGACCCCGGCUUCCUGGCAUACCUGCGCUCGGAGGGUCUGGCGGAGAGCACCAUCACACUGCUGCUGCAGCAGGGCUUCGACUCCACCGCCAUGCUGGGAGUCAUGGAGGACCACGAUGUGCGCUCUGUAGCCUCUAACCUUGGCCAGGCCCGGGUCCUGUCUCGUGUGGUGCUCAACUGUAAGGGCGGGGCAGGCCAGCAGGCAAUGCGAGGCCGGUCAAACAGCUUCAGCCACCGAACCGACAUGUACAUGCCACCCCAAAACAUGGCCAUGGACCCCCACGUCAUGCAGCAGCCCCCCACCACAGUCCAGACCUUCUCCCCCAGGAUGGGAGAGUUCCUGGGCAGGAGACCCAGCAGCGCCCCCUCCCAACACCUCCUGGAGACCACCACCUACCCCGGAGCUCCCCGGCCCAUGGGAGGAGCCUACCCCGUCAGCCAAGGUUACACCAACGCCGUGGCGGUGACCCAGCCCAGACCCCUGUCCAUGUACAAUGCCCACACUGGCAUCGCCAUGUCAGCAAUGCAGCAUCAACAGCCGCCCGCCCCCGGGACCCCUGGAGCAGCCCCGAAGACAUUCUCUGGCUCCUACUCCCCCAUGGAACUGAUGAAGAGGGCCCCCAACCUGCCUCCUAUGUCCCCCGCUGCCCAGAGCCCCCUGCAUAGCCCCCAACUCCUCCGGAAGGGGCCUGCAGCGACCGAGAACGCCGUGGUCCCGACGGCAUCGUCCUCUCUCCAGGGGCAGGCCCUCAACAACAACAAGAUGGUGGGGCGUCGGACUGGACCACCCGUCAUUGUCUCAACCAUGGCAUCGCCUGACACAAGUAUCCGGCCCCAGAUCAUGAACGGGCCCAUGCACCCUCGCCCCCUGGUGGCCCUGCUGGAUGGGCGUGACUGCACCGUGGAGAUGCCCAUCCUCAAAGACCUGGCCACCGUGGCCUUCUGCGACGCCCAGUCCACCCAGGAGAUCCACGAGAAGGUGCUGAACGAGGCGGUUGGUGCCAUGAUGUACCACACCAUCACCCUGACCAGAGAGGACCUGGAGAAGUUCAAGGCCCUGCGCAUCAUCAUCCGCAUCGGCAGCGGCUACGACAACAUCGACAUCAAGGCUGCAGGAGAGCUGGGCAUUGCAGUGUGUAACAUCCCGUCGGCAGCAGUUGAGGAGACGGCUGAUUCCACCCUGUGCCACAUCCUGAACCUGUACCGACGGAACACCUGGCUGUAUCAGGCCCUGCGCGAAGGCACGCGGGUACAGAGCGUGGAACAGAUCCGCGAGGUGGCCUCCGGCGCCGCCCGUAUCCGCGGCGAGACCCUGGGACUCAUCGGUUUCGGCCGGUCGGGGCAGGCGGUUGCGGUGAGGGCCAAGGUGUUUGGCUUCAACGUGAUCUUCUACGACCCGUACCUGCAGGACGGCCUGGAGCGCUCGCUGGGGGUGCAGCGCGUCUACACCCUCCAGGACCUGCUCUACCAGAGCGACUGUGUGUCCCUGCACUGCAACCUGAACGAGCACAACCACCACCUCAUCAACGACUUCACCAUCAAACAGAUGCGUCAGGGGGCGUUCCUGGUGAACGCAGCUCGGGGGGGUUUGGUGGAUGAGAAGGCCCUGGCCCAGGCCCUGAAGGAGGGCCGGAUACGAGGGGCUGCUCUGGACGUCCACGAGACAGAGCCCUUCAGUUUUGCCCAGGGCCCUCUGAAAGACGCCCCAAACCUGAUCUGCACGCCACACACAGCCUGGUACAGCGAGCAGGCCUCACUGGAGAUGAGAGAGGCUGCCGCCACUGAGAUCCGAAGAGCCAUCACCGGCCGUAUACCUGACAGCCUACGAAACUGCGUCAACAAGGAGUUCUUUGUGACAACAGCACCGUGGGCCGUCAUGGACCAGCAGGGCGUGCACCCCGAACUCAACGGUGCAGCCUAUAGGUACCCACCAGGCGUGGUGGGCGUGGCUCCGGGGGGCAUCCUGGGGACGAUUGAGGGCAUGGUGCCAGGGGGGGUACCCAUCGCCCACACCCUGCCCUCCGGGACACACCCUUCCCAGGCCCCGUCGCCCAACCAGCCCUCCAAACAUGGCGAGACCAGAGAGCACCUCACUGAGCAAUAGCGGCACAGAGGAAACGGCACACACACACACUUGAACCCUCCGACAACCAACCCCAUAUCCACUUGGGACCAAGAGACACACACAGAGGAGGCUGGCUCAGUUCAGCUCUGGGAACAGUGAAGUGUUCCAUGGAUAUUUACUCUAUUGUUUAGUUUCUACUCUCUCUCGUCUCCUUUUGGUUCAAUACCUCUACUCUUUAAUGCUGAUGUUUUUUCUUCCCGUGGUAUCCGGGGCUGAGUCCAGUGUUAGCCUCCAUGGGGCCGUGCCCCCACACCCUCCCCACCACCCCCCUUGAGCUAAUUUGAUUGGGCUCGCUUCUGGACACGCAACCAAGGGGAGAACACAGGAACUUUGAGAUUGUGUGCUACUGGACCUUGCCCACCCUCCUUCUUCCCCUCCACUCCAACCCACUCCCCGCCAGCCUCCCUUUCUUAUGUAACUGUGUGUGUUGUUAGCUUUCCUCCUCAAGUCCAUUCUGUAUUGCCCCCUCCCCCCGGAAGAGAAUAUUUUUUAUUUUGAUCUUCAGUGUGAAAGGCAGAAAUGAGAUGACAAAAAAAUAUUAUAAACUAUAUAUAUUUAUCAUUCAUCAAACAAAAGGAAAAACCAAGAUUGCUCAUCAGUAUCAGUAAUCUAGUGAGUAAACUUUAACCCUUUCCUGACGAGGUAACCUAUUGCUAUUAUUACAACGGUUGUAAGUUCAACAAGUUGGUCACCAGAGGGCACAUUUACACAGUUGUUUGGUGUGCGUGUGAAUCUCCAUUUUUCCCCCACAUAGAUCACAUUUUCAAACGAAUGUAUUUGCUGAAAGCCGAUCACUUAACACUGGCCAGAACUGAGACAAACCCUUGGCCUAUUUGAAUUGAGUGAAAUACAAAAGUCCUGAAUCAUCGUCCAACUCUUUGAUUCCUCUUUGCUGCAACAGUCGGUACUGAAAAGCAAGAUCAUAAAUUAUUGGUGCAAUAGAGUAAAUAUUGGUUAAUACAUUUGGUGUGUUGGUCAGUGUCCAGUAGGCGGAUACUCUGAAUGUUCGAUUGCUGUCCUGUGGCUUUGGAGUUAGAAAGAGGGAAGAACUCUGUUGUGGAGAUGUUUCCUUUGUCUCUGCUACAGUAAGUCUGAACCUCACUCACACUAUCUGCCAAUAGAUAACGUCUCAUGGGUAGUGAGAGAGUGGGUCAUGUGCCUGUCAGCACAAGGAAAGCAGACAUUUUAUGUGCAGCUGUCAGUGGAAUAUUGUUCACUAUCACAAAAGGGGAUGUGUUCGACUACCCCCCCCCAAACCCCCCAGAAAGAGGGUGGAGAGACUGGGUCUCUGCGUUUUUUGUUUGUGUGACUCCUCACGGUUGCCCAACUAUCCAUGGCGACCAAUCACCGUGUCGGGUGGUGGUAAUUGUACCUUUGCUACGAUUCAGUGUGAGCGGGAAAGGGUUAAAGAACACUUCAUUCCUUAAUGACUCAGGAAAACACUUUUUUGAAGAGAGUUCUUUUCCCCCAAAAAACUGUCUUGACAAAGAAAAAAAGCAUAAUCUGGUUAGUCUGUAUCCCCCCCCCCCCUUCAUUGUGGUAUUUUUCUAUAACACGAUGCAUCCCAUGUUUCUGGUGUUGAAGAGUUUUGCAGAGUCCUGUUAGAUUUGUAUUGCCUAGGUAAAUGUUCCUAUAACCAUAGUCCUAUGUGAUCCAUCCCUCUCUCUCUUUUAUUUUCUUUGUUCUAUCGAAGGCCAGGUUCUUUAGGGAGUCAUGUACUCUGUAAGAGCAAUAGCAAAACUCCUACUUAGUGUCCCACCAAUAGCAAGCGAAGAGGCAGCCAGCAGUAUGUUUUUGUUUUUAGUGUGAGUAUUUGUAUUUGUUUCUUGUACAAGGUGAACAUUUAGCAUUCAGUGCAGUUCAAAUAAAAGAUACAAUUCUGAGAA